AUGGCCACCGUUCAACUCAAGUUCUCCUUGCGGACCUCGUCCAACGCCAAAACCGUCCACCUGGUCGGCUCGUGGGACAACUACUCGCGCCAGCUGCCGCUGUCGGCCGAAGACAAGCCCGGUGCCUGGCUGGGCAAAUUCCGCUUCCAGACGUCGAUGCUGCAGCUGGGUGGCCGCUACUGGUACUACUACAUCAUGGAUGGGUACCGCGUUUCGCACGACCCGUCGGUCGACUACACCGUCGAACCCACAACCGGCCGCAAGCUGAACAUCCUGGACGUGCCGGGAGACAAGAGCAGCAGCCGCAGCAGCGGCGCCCCCAAGACCCGACGGGGCUCGACCAACAUCGCCACGGGCCGCGCGCUGUCGCCGUCCAAGAUCCACCACCCCAAGCCGUCCAAGCCGUACGCGUCGCGCCAGCUGCGCGAGGCCGACUUCGCGCCCACGGUCGACGAUCUGACCCGCCGCUUUGCCGGCUCGCGUCUGUCGGACGAGUACUCAUACUCCAACAGCCCGCCCAGCUCCGUCGGCUCGUCGCUGUCGUCGCGGUCCUCGGGCUCCACCUCGCCUUCGUCGCUGUCCUCCAUGAGCGACCCGCCCCUGCCGCAGUGCCGCUGCGAGCGCUAUGGCAUCACCCGCAAGGGCGACCGCGUCAAGCUCGACUGUGGCGGUGACCGCUGCGGCUAUAUCACCGAGUCAGACGAUGCCAGCUGCUCCGAGUCCGAGGACAGCGAUGAGGAGUACCGCCGUGCCCGUAGUGCUGUGCGUCGCCAGGGCAUUGUUGUGCGCCGCUAG